AUGAUGACCAUGUUGCUGUCGAAGCUCGAGUUUUCCCGGUUGGACGGGCCCACGCCGGAGGAGGCGGAUGGGCCCAUGACGAGGGAGUCGAGGAGGAGGCAGGGUUUAAGAAGAGAGUUGAAACUUGAAAGCCAGGGGUUUAUUGGAAGGGAUAUAAUAGAAAUGUGGGGAAAAGGUGUACAGGAUUGUGAAAGGAAAUUAAUCUCGUCGUGCAAUGGUCCUGCAAGAAUUGAGUGCAAUUCAAUUCAAGCACAGUUGACCCUGAUCCACUUCCACGACCACCAUUAUCAUCAACACCACCCAACGCUCGAGGGACCAAAGGGCUUGGAACCGGGCCUGGGCCCGGGCCCGGGCCCAUGCCUGGGAGCCCAUUCUGACCCAAAUACAUAUCCAAUGGAAAACCAGCUGGCGAGCUCCGCUUCGCGUUCGGACUGUCGUUUCUUCUUGCGGAGCAUGAGGGUCUUGAAACGGCGUUUAACGGCAAACGUUGCACUUGCAGCUGGGUUCGUGGCGGCCCUUGCCGCUCGGGGGCUGAAUGCAGACAAUGCACGUGCAGCCGGGCCUGUGGCGGGGAUGCCGUGUGGUGGGGCCCGUCGAGUAGUCUCCUGCUUCGGCUAUGUUGUCCCCUAA